CAAAAAUUAAUGCACAACUUGUUAGUUAUCGGGUUCAAUCCCGAAGCCCGAAUUCUCGAAAGGUAAUGGCGAGCGGGUCGGUGGAGAAGACAGCGGAGGAGCUCCGAAAAGAGAUCGACGAGCUCAAUCGACAACGAUGGGAGAUCACCAAGCGUCUGCGAGAUCCUCGCGGCCUCCGCCGCCCCGCCCCCUCCGUGGGCCCCACUGGGCCUCGGAAGCGCGGCGCUGUUGUUGGACCCGCGGUGGAGGACCAGCCGGCGCCAAAACGGCGUUUGUCUUCCGCUGUUGUUAAAUUGGAGGAUGGAGAAAUUAAAGAAGAUGCUAGUGGACCAAAAGAUUCUAAGGAAGAACAUAUAUCGGAGGUUGCGGCUGUUCCAACUGGAGAGAAUGGUAAACCUAGGCCAAACCCUCAAAUCAAUAGUGGGUCAAGAAGGGAUGGGAAUCCAUGGAUGAGGAAGAUGGACUAUGAUGUUAUACCGACAGAGCCAAUUCCUAGGAUUUUGCCAAAGAAUGAGGACCCGAGAUUGGUUAAGCGCAACAGAAGAAUGCUCGGACAGCUCCUGGGGACAUUAGAGAAAUUCCAAGAAGAAGACAAGCAACGGUCAACAACUGAAGCUUAUAUGCGUAGGUCAGAUUCAUUACGACGGGCUGAAGAAAAAGCUCGUGAAGAAAGUGAGAGGCUAAGGCAACAGGAGAGGGAACAAAUUGCUGAGAAGCGCAGGCGUGAUUUGACACUACAAGCUCGUGUUGCUGCUAAGGCAGAGCAAAAGAAGAUGGAGCUGCUGUUUAUUCUUUGGUCUGAGCAUCAUAAAAAUCUGACCAAUUUCUUAAGGACAAAAACAGAACCUCCAAUAUAUUACAUGCCAGCUAAGCCAUUAGUUGAGGAUGCAGCUAUUGUGGAGCAGAGUACAGAGCAGGUAUUUCUGGAAUGGAAGACUGCAAGAAGAGCAGAACUAUCCGAAUACCAGAAACAAAUUGAGGAGGACUAUAUCUCAAACGUCGAUAAAGAGCUUGAUCGAUGGCAGGAUGCAAGGAACACACGGAGAUCAAACAUUCAGGUUAACCUGCAAGAGACAAUGGAUAAGGAGCUGGAGACCCACAGGCUUGAGCAUGGUCCCAAGCCUCGGAGAAUCACAGGAAAUAAUGAAGAAGAGGAUGUGGAAGAUAUUGCUGCUGAAGAUGAACUCAUGGACGAGGUCCUUGGAGCCCCUGAGAGGGUUUAUGGCGAUGCUUCUAAAUUGCCUGAGGCUGGCAAUGGCAGUUCGAACCCUGUGGAGAUGCAGUUGGAAGGAUGUAAUAGGGCUAUUUAGUGGUUUAAGUUAAUUGAGGACUCUCUGUGUUUGUAUUUGUAUGUGGUACAAUUUUGAUGUUAUUUGUUUCACAAUAUUUUGCGAGCAUAAAAAACCAGGCGGUUUUGGGAUCUAUUGUGCAAUGCGAGGGCGACAAAUUUGUCAAAGUGCAUGCGAACACAGCUCAAACAUUAGAUUUUGUAUUAGCAGUAGAUCAGGUGUUUAAAGUUAGUAUUGUCUUAUUCA